AUAUAAAAAUCUCCCAUCGCCUCAUCAACCAUACCCUUUAUUAUUGGUCCUGUGGUUGUUUGCAUUUGUAUUCCAAAAAAAAGAAAAGAAAUUAAAACAGAAGGGAAAAAGAACUUCCUCCUAAGUUCUAAGAACGUCUUGUCACCCAACCAGAGAGCAGAGACGGUGCCGUUGCCCGUCGCCGGCCGACCUAAGGAGGCGCAUCUUCACUUAUGAGGUCCAUCAUGUGACGUACCACAUGGUAUGCGUUACCACCGCUACUAUGCUGAGCCUCCGGUGCAACGCCACCCAUGACCAUGAGAGCCAACUUAAGAUGAGAGAGGAUAUUUCACCUCCACUGUUAAUUCCUCUCAGAAGGGAAGAAAUUCAAGGUUCUGGAUCCGUAAUGCUGAGGAAAACCCUUCGAUUCGAGCUGAAAAUGGAUACCCACAUGCCAUUGCCAUUGUUUCGAGGCUUUGGACUGUGUUUUUUAGUAGUAGAACACUAGUAGUCCCCAAGUUUCCUACAAUCUUUUCUUUUCUUUGUUUCUUCCUCUCUCUCUCUCUCUCUCUCUCUCUCUCUCUCUCUCUCUCUCUCUCUCUCUCUCUCUUUAUCACUUUCUGUUUAGGGAUUGGGACCUUUGGGUUUUUAGUUUUCUUCGACUAAGUUUCUUAGAAAAUGGAGUACAAUCAACUGAGCGAGAACAACAGUACAAGAGGGAGUUUCAUGUAUACUACACCUGUUCUUGCACCCAAUUCUUCCAUAUAUGGAAGAACCAGUAGUAACUCUAAUGUGACCCAUCAGCAGACCCAACUUCCAGUCAACACCUUUCAUCUUCAAUCAGGAGAUUGUUAUCCUUCCGAAGCCCCUCCGGGUCCGAUCGUCAAAACCGAGGCGAGCUCCUCCCAACAAAUUCAAGAAUUUCAGUACCCAUUAGUUAGAGGUGGGCAUCAAACUAUGCAGCAUCAUCAGCAAGGAGGAGUGAAUGGAAGCUCAAACGAGGUGGACACCAUUAAGGCCAAGAUCGCUGCGCAUCCUCAGUACUCUAACCUUUUGGAAGCUUACAUGGAAUGCCAAAAGAUUGGAGCUCCACCUGAAGUAGUCGCUCGACUCACGGCGGUUCGCCGAGACUUUGAGACGCAGCAGCGAUCAACAGUCACUUGCAGGGGUGCUUCUACAGACCCUGAACUGGAUCAAUUCAUGGAAGCAUACUACGACAUGCUAGUGAAAUAUCGAGAGGAGCUAACCAGGCCUUUGCAAGAGGCUAUGGAGUUCAUGCGGAGGAUUGAAGCUCAGCUUAAUACGCUAAGUCAUGGACCCGUACGGAUCUUCUCUGCAGACAAGUAUGAGGAAGUUGGUUCAUCUGAAGAGGAACAAGAAAAUAGUGGUGGAGAAAUGGAACUCCCUGAUAUUGAUCCACGUGCUGAGGACAGGGAACUUAAGAAUCACCUGCUGAAGAAGUAUAGUGGCUACCUAAGUAGUCUCAAGCAAGAGCUUUCCAAGAAAAAGAAGAAAGGGAAACUGCCAAAAGAAGCUAGACAGAAAUUACUCAAUUGGUGGGAGCUGCACUACAAAUGGCCGUACCCAUCGGAGACAGAGAAGGUGGCUUUGGCAGAGUCAACUGGUUUAGACCAGAAACAAAUUAACAACUGGUUCAUAAACCAGCGGAAACGACACUGGAAACCUUCUGAAGAUAUGCAAUUUGUAGUUAUGGAUGGGCUACAUCCUCAGAAUGCCGCUCUUUACAUGGAAGGUCACUUUAUGAGUGAUGGCUCUUAUCGUCUUGGCCCGUGAUCAAGGAUCACAAAGUGAAGGAGUUACUCAACUCCUGUGCGAUUCACACGAGAGUACGGUGUGGGUGGUUAUUACCGUCUGGCCAUGAUUUGAUUAUAUUGCAGCAUUUUGGUCAUGGUCAGGUUCAUGCUCUUGCAUGCCAAGUAUUUGUUUAUUGUUGCCACAAUUGUUAUCAUUGCCUUGUUAAUAUUAUGUAUAUGGUAUGAGUUGACGUGAGAUGGGUAGGAUGGGUUUUCAAUGGUUCCAUUAAUUACGUUGAAUUCAAGCUUUCUGCCUGUUCAGUAACCUUUUGUCAUCGAUCGAUAUCUGAAGCUCCACCGUUCUUGCGGGAUGCUUUUAGUCUGUAUUAUGUUUAAUAUUUAUAAGCUCUUCUUAUUAAGACAUCCAGAAAGGUCGACCCAUGUAGAUAUCAUUAGCUUUCUGUUGAUGAAGGCGUAAUUUUCA